UGUUUCCAGUGAGUGGGGAAGGAGUAGAGGCGAUUAUCCAAAGCGCGCUCGCACCUGAAUUAUUGGGGCCACAUGCAUCGGCAAAAGACGAGAACGCGCGCCUUGUGUCUUCUCUGCUUCGUUCUCGGAUACUGUCGUUUCCUGCAUUCCAGUUGAUUGGGAAGGGGGCCGGGACGACCACUGAGUAGCGAAAUUAUAGGAUAAGAUGGAGGUUUGCGAGAGACUUUUGUGUCUGGCUGUGGUGUCCAGCGUUCUCUGCGUUGGCUCGGUUCUGGGGAAAUACGUGAGAGGUAUCGUCAACACCAAGGAGGACUGGUUGUUCCUCACUCGCUUCUGUUUUCUCACUGAUUUUGGACGUCUGGACUUCCGGUUCCGCUACCAAAAGUCGCGAUGCUGUCAGAAUAUAUUGCUCUACUUUGAUGACAGCUCUCAGUGGCCAGCUGUGUACAAGAAGCCGGACAAGGACUGCUACCAGAAGGAGGCGGUGUUGAGACCAGAGAAUAACCAGGUUAUCAACCUGACCACGCGCUACACCUGGUCUGGCUGUGUGGUGGAAGGAGAGGGAGAUGAGGAGGUGCUGAGUUGUGUGGGAGGUCGUAGUUUCCGCUCGGUGAGGGAGAGAUGGUGGUACAUCGCUCUCAGCAAGUGUGGGGGGGAAGGUUUGCAGCUGGAGUAUGAGAUGAAGCUGACCAAUGGCCAGUCUUUCUGGACACAACAUUUCUCUGCAGACGAGUUUGGGAUCCUGGAAACUGACAUCACGUUCCUGGUUAUCUUCUCCCUGGUCUUCAUCCUCUCAUGUUAUUUUGCCUAUAAUCUGAAAGGAAGGCAGCUUCUCCAUACGACAUAUAAGAUGUUUAUGACUGCGGCUGGUGUAGAGGUUGUCAGCCUUCUGUUCCACUGUAUCUACUGGGGCCUGUAUGCCAGAGAUGGAGUGGGCAACGGCAGUCUCAAGAUAAUGGGGAAAUUACUGUUCUCUGUCAGUUUCCUGGUGUUCCUGCUGAUGCUGAUCCUGCUGGGAAAAGGCUUCACUGUCACCAGGGCGAGGAUCAGCCACAGUGGAUCUGUCAAGCUGUCCAUCUACAUGACAGUCUACACCGUCACCUAUAUCAUCCUCUUCAUAUACGAGGCAGAGUUCUUUGACCCAGGUGAGGUGCUGUAUGCAUAUGACAGCCCGGCGGGCUACGGUCUGAUGGGUCUCCAGCUGCUGGCCUACGUGUGGUUCUGCUACGCCGUCCUGAUCUCCCUCAAACACUACCCUGAGAAACAAUCCUUCUACAUCCCCUUCUUCACGGCAUACACACUCUGGUUUUUCGCGGUGCCCGUCAUGGCUCUGAUAGCUAACUUUGGCAUCCCUCGCUGGGCACGGGAGAAGAUCGUCAACGGCAUCCAACUGGGAAUCCACCUCUAUGCUCACAUCGUAUUCCUCGCUAUCACUCGGCCCUCUGCAGCCAAUAAGAACUUCCCAUACCACGUGCGGACCUCUCAGAUCGGGAUCCUGCUGUCUAGUCCGAAGGCGGGUGUGGCGAGUGAGAGUUUCCCCCACCAUGCCUAUGGGAACAGCUCCUUCCUGGGCGACUCCCAGCCCAACUUCACAGAACUCUUCUCCAUACAGUCGGGCCCAGUGAAGACGGUGGAGGAGACGGUGGGCCGGAAGGGACAGGAAGUGCAGAGGAACAGUGAGCAUAAGAUCAUCACCACCACGGCCGACCUGUCGUCACCCACCUUCCCCCCACUCCCUCCCCCCAUGCUCCCCCGCCUCUCUGCCCACUCCCCCCCUCCCCCUCCACGACUCCCCUCUCACUUUACCGAGUACUUCAGCAUGCAGGGGGGAGGGGGCGUGGGCACCAAGGCAUGAGACAGACAGAGAGAAAGAGGGACACAGAGAGAAGGAGAAAGAUCGAGAGGGAGGUGGAGGAAGAUCAGGUAGCACCGAAAACAGGUCAAGCUAUGUAUAGCCACGAGGGAAGGAGGGAGGGAUAUGAGGAGGAAGAGAAGGGGAAGUCAUCAUAAGCAGACAUGUGGAAUAGAAGUUUGAAACGUCCCAUUUUCACCUCUAAAUAGAGAGAAUGGGAAAUGGCUGUGAGUUAAAGUGCUGUGCUUGUAAAAGAAAAAAGAAGCAAUAAAUAUUUGAACAUGAGCAGGUAGAGAGGCACCGGGAGGGAGAGAUGACAGAGUGGAUGUAGCCUGACCAAUAGAAUGAUAGGAGCGCACAGUGGAGACUGAACAAAACUCCUAUGAACACUUUUAUUCAAGACUUUAUAAGGCAUCAAUGGAGGGGCUGAGGGAAACGUGUAAAUAGCUGAAGAGAAUGAGUUCCCAUUACUCUAAAAUAGUUGCAGAGUUUAUAUUACAAAAGGGAUGUAUUUUUCCCCACAUUGUCAAAUUCCAAGUGGUGCUGUGACCAUUGCAGUUCUCAUGCCAUUACAUUGUACAAGAGUAAAAUGUUCACUCAUAUCCUGAAACAAUACAUUCAUGUUUUUUUCUUCAUGUUUGACAGAUGUUGUUAACACACAAUAUUGAAUUUCUCCAUAUAUAAUAUGUUGGGAUGAUUUAUAUUCUUAGAUAUGCUGAUUGCUCCAGGCUAUAGGAUUGAUAUACUGAUGUUUAAGUGUACAAUGUUCAGUUUACUGUGGACCACUGAGGUACUGCUAAAACAAGCAUGUCUCUAAACUGAUUAUACUCCAUGUGCUCAUACAGUGUGUGUGCCUGUUGUACUACUAUUCAAUAACUUUGUAUAUUUCAUACCAUAUAGGCUACCGAGGUGUUAAUGUCACUUCUUCAUCUGGAACCUUAUGUCAUACUGUCCACAGACAACUGUUUUAACUCAGAAUACUACUGUUCAGUUCUCACUGGAGUGCAAGAUAUUAGCUUGCUCUGAAUGUAAUUCCUUGAUGUAUGUAGACCUUGGUGAAUGUAUUAAUGCAAUAGAGCACAAGGAAAGGGGUGGUGUUAAAGUCACAUUUUAUACUUUUUUUUUUUACAUAGAAAUCAUACUUAUAGCUUGUUUUAUUUUCAAUUUCAGCCUCCAUCCUUGGGGUAUGAACGAACUUCACAA